AUCUGGCUCUCGGGAGAAUCCGGUUCCGGGAAGUCCGCUGUCGCCCAUUCUCUCGCCCAAGAGCUUCAUGCGCGAGGUCGGCUGGCUGCAUCAUUUUUCUUCUCUAGGCGUCACGUAGAGCGCUCCAGCACUGAGCGGUUCUUUCCAACCAUCGCGUACCAGCUCUCUCUCCUCCACCGUCGUGCCAAAGAAGAAAUUGUCAAAGCUGUUGCCGAAGAUCACAUUUUGGUCAAAAAGGAAAAGUCCCGCUCUGAUCAGCUGCAGAAGUUGAUGAUUGCUCCUCUGAAGAACCUAGAAAUUGUAUACAGAGACAGUCUCAACUCCCUCGUUAUUGUCAUUGACGCCCUUGAUGAAUGCGAGGCUGAGAGAUACCAG